GUAUCAAAAACUACUUCCGCUACCCUCACGUCACGUGGCCACUAUGUCCUUGAUUUGCUAAUAUUGACAUGUGAACAGCAGAAACAUGUCUUUCCCCAAAAAACCCGGCGGUAAAGCUUUGGAUGUGCUACAGGAUCUGCCGCGGAUAACGUUAGCAAAUCUGCGGCCUGAACCAGGAGCCAAGAAGCUGGGAAAACGGCGGGGCAGAGGACAGCAUGGUGGAAACAGAAGCGGCAGAGGUCAUAAAGGAGAGCGACAGAGAGGAAACCGACCUCGGCUGGGCUUCGAGGGGGGCCAGACUCCUUUCUAUUUACUUAUACCUAAAUAUGGGUUUAACGAAGGGCACAGUCGGCGUCCACAAUACCAGCCUCUGACUCUCAAACGACUCCAGUAUUUGAUUGAUCUGGGGCGAGUUGAUCCAACCCAACCCAUAGACUUGACCCAGCUUGUAAAUGGCAGAGGAGUUACGAUUCAACCUCUGAAGAGGGACUAUGGAGUCCAGCUUGUUGAUGAGGGUGCUGACAUUUUUGUUGCAAAAAUCAACAUUGAGGUUCAGAGAGCAACCGAAGGAGCCAUAGCUGCUAUUGAACGUAAUGGAGGCAUCAUCACGACCAGUUUCUACGAUCCCAUAAGUCUUGGUAUUCUCAUCAAGCCUGUGCCGUUCUUCAUGCGUGGGCAACCAAUCCCAAAGAGAAUGCUGCCUGGGGAGGAUAUGGUCCCAUACUAUACUGAUGCUGAAAACCGGGGUUACCUAGCUGAUCCGGAAAAAAUCCAGCAGGCCCGACUGGCCCUGGCACAGAAGUAUGGUUAUGUGUUACCAGACAUUUCAAAGGAUGAACUGUAUCACAUGCUGGCCACGAGGAAGGAUGUUCGACAGAUCUUCUUUGGCCUCUCUCCAGGUUGGGUCGUUAACAUGCCGGAGAAAAAGAUUCUGAAACCAACCGAUGAGAAACUAUUGAAAUAUUACAGUUCGUAAAUGUUGGAGUGUAUCACCGCAAAAAUCAGGAAAACCCUGAGCUUUGCAUGGAAAAAAAAUAUUUUAUAUGAGAAAACAGCCCUGUGUGUAUUACAAUUAAACUAAAUCUGAAAAUG